AUGAAGAGGUCUGCCUUCGAAAUUUCCACCACCAAACAACAGCAACCCACAAGCAAUUGUGCAGAAGAACAAGCAAACAAGAGGAGACAUUUCUCUCCAGAACUAUCACUUUCCACAUUGGAUGCAUUACCACUUCACACGAUUUUCUUUUUCCUUUACAAUGAUUUAUCAUCACAAUUAGCACUCUAUGGAACCUGUGCUAAUUUUACGAUAUUUGUCAAAAGUGAAAAGCAAAUUCCUUUGAAUGGAGUGUUGCAACUCAAGAAAUUCACACAGGAAAAUCCUGAUAUUUCCUUGAUUACUUUACAUUAUAGAAUGUGUGGAUUGUUUCAGCAAUAUGCAUGGCUACAUGAUUAUUCCAUUUUCGAAUUUCCAAAAUUAGCAAAAGAUUUACCUCAAUCCUUGAUGGAACAUUGUAAGAAUGGAUUGAUUCAAGCUGUUUAUGCAUAUCGUAGUGAGUUUUAUGGAGGAGGAUUUACAUAUUUGGAAGUUGCUGUAAAGAAGGUCAAUUCUGAUGAGAAGAUUAGUUUGAAAUUUAGUGAAUUGAAAACUAUUCAUGGAAGAGAUUUUCAAGUUGUUAGAUCUUUGGAUGUUUCAAUUGAUAACACAAGAGUUUUCAAUCGAAGAGGCAUUACUGAUCUGGAGGCCUUGGAUGAAUUGACUCAAAAUGUAGAAAUUUGUAAGGAGAUGAAAGGCAUUGAAUUAUUGAACUCAUUGUUCAGUAUUUCUAUGAAUGAAAAGAAAAUUUCUAAAGAAUCUCGGCCAUCACUCUACCCAAGAUUUGCAAGAGAGCACGAGACAAUUAUUGACACAUUUAUGAGUGAAGUUGUUGAUGUAAAGGAUGUGGAUUCUUUCUCAUCAAUUUGUGAAUUGGUUUCAAUUACUGAAAAUUUAUGUCGUGUGAAAAAGAGAGAAGAGGAUGUUAAUGAAGAAGAAGAAAUAACAAAAGAUGAUGAAGAAAAUCCCAAUAAGGAAGCAGAAUUUGAUUUGUUUGAAUUUGUGGCACUUGUUAAACACAAUAUCAAUUAUUUAUAUUAUGAUGGGUACAGUAACUAUAGUACUGCCUAUAUUGAUUGUAAUUUGAAAAGAAAGGAUAAUGGAGAGAUUGUUUCUGUUUCUGUAACUGCAAUUGUUGGACCAAGCUAUACUGGAAUAGGUGUAGAGUUGGAUAUGUUGGUCAAUGGUGAACUGGCUCUAACAUUCAAAAUGGAAGAAGGAAGUGUCAAACCAAGCAAAAAACAAGACUGUUUUGAAACUUUUGUUGAGAGUUUUAAAACUUCCAAAAAUCCAAAUGAAUUUGCUGCUGACAUGUUAGAAUUCAGUAUUUCCAAGCCAAAAUGGGCUGUUUAUUCUCUUUAUGAUAUGGAAAAUUAUAAAACUGGAAUCACAACAGAAAAUGGUUAUCCAAUAGAGUUUAUUUCUGAAGUAUUGGAAUUUUUCUGUGAAAAAACUGAAUAG